AUGCUGAGCAGGUUGAUGAGCGGCAGCAGCAGGAGCCUGGAGCGCGAGUACAGCUGCACCGUGCGGCUGCUGGACGACAGCGAGUACACCUGCACCAUCCAGAGAGAUGCCAAGGGCCAGUACCUGUUUGACCUUCUUUGCCACCACCUGAACCUUCUUGAGAAAGACUACUUUGGGAUCCGCUUUGUGGACCCAGACAAGCAGCGGCAUUGGUUGGAGUUUACAAAGUCUGUGGUGAAGCAAUUGAGAUCCCAGCCUCCAUUCACCAUGUGUUUCCGCGUGAAGUUUUACCCCGCAGAUCCUGCUGCCCUGAAAGAAGAGAUAACCAGGUACUUAGUCUUCCUACAGAUCAAAAGGGAUCUCUACCAUGGCCGCCUCCUCUGUAAAACAUCAGAUGCUGCCUUGUUAGCAGCUUACAUCCUUCAAGCGGAAAUUGGGGAUUAUGACCCAGGGAAACACCCUGAAGGCUACAGCUCCAAGUUCCAGUUUUUCCCAAAACAUUCAGAGAAGCUGGAAAGGAAAAUUGCUGAGAUUCACAAGACAGAACUCAGUGGUCAAACACCAGCAACAUCAGAGCUGAACUUUUUAAGAAAAGCACAGACGUUGGAGACAUAUGGAGUGGACCCUCACCCGUGUAAGGAUGUGUCAGGAAAUGCUGCAUUUCUGGCCUUCACUCCUUUCGGGUUCGUUGUUCUGCAAGGAAACAAGAGGGUCCACUUCAUUAAAUGGAAUGAGGUGACCAAGCUGAAAUUUGAAGGAAAGACUUUCUAUUUAUACGUAAGUCAGAAAGAGGAAAAGAAAAUUAUUCUCACAUAUUUUGCUCCAACUCCAGAAGCCUGCAAGCACCUCUGGAAAUGUGGAAUCGAGAACCAAGCCUUCUACAAGCUGGAGAAGUCAAGCCAAGUCCGCACAGUGUCCAGCAGCAAUUUAUUCUUUAAAGGGAGCCGGUUCCGAUACAGUGGCCGAGUUGCAAAGGAAGUAAUGGAGUCAAGUGCGAAGAUCAAACGGGAGCCACCAGAAAUACACAGAGCAGGGAUGGUUCCCAGCCGCAGCUGUCCCUCCAUAACCCAUGGUCCAAGGCUGAGCAGUGUCCCCAGGACCCGCAGAAGAGCUGUUCACAUCUCCAUCAUGGAAGGCCUGGAGUCCCUACGGGACAGUGCCCAUUCCACCCCAGUGCGUUCUUCCUCCCAUGGGGACACCUUCCUGCCUCACGUGAGAAGCACCCGGGCAGACAGCAACGAGCGAGUCGCUGUGAUUGCAGACGAAGCCUACAGCCCUGCAGACAGUGUGUUGCCCACCCCUGUGGCCGAGCACAGCCUGGAGCUGAUGCUACUUUCCCGGCAGAUCAAUGGGGCCACCUGCAGCAUCGAAGAGGAGAAGGAGUCUGAGGCCAGCACUCCAACUGCUGCAGAGGUGGAGGCUCUUGGGGGAGAGCUGAGGGCCCUGUGUCAGGGGCACGGCAGGCCAGAGGAGGAACAGGUGAAUAAGUUUGUUUUAAGUGUCCUCCGUUUGCUCCUUGUGACCAUGGGACUCCUCUUUGUUUUGCUCCUCCUCCUGAUCAUCCUUACCGAGUCUGACCUUGACAUUGCCUUUUUCCGCGAUAUCCGCCAGACCCCCGAGUUUGAACAAUUCCACUAUCAAUACUUUUGUCCCCUCAGGCGAUGGUUUGCCUGCAAAAUCCGCUCAGUGGUGAGCCUGCUCAUUGACACCUGA